AUGUCCCGCAGGAGACCAAGAAAGCGCAAAAACCCCAAUGCAAUGGUAAAUCAUAAAGAAACCCCGACGGAGAAAGAAAUUUCAACCUCGAACCGAGGCCGGCCUCGUAUCACAGGCAGCGUGUCUCAUCGUCUCUCUCAAUCGAACAGAGACAAGCGAACCUCGACGCUCUGUGUGCCGAAAGGAGACGAGAUCCUAAGCUUUCCCGUCAACGAAGAUCGUAUGAACAGAGUAUGUCCUCCGUGGCGCCAAUUCAAACUUCUGGGUGGACGCAAAAGGUUGGCCGACACCAAUGGCAUGGACUUCGAGAAUGAGAGGGCUAAGGAAGCUCUCCGAAUAGUCUCGGACAUUGUCCACGGCAAGGAGGCGGUGGACUAUGAAAACUCCAGCCCUCGCCUUCUGUUCUACAUCCUUGAAGUUCAUGCCUGGUUGGGACAUCCGAAAGCCACUUACAGCUGUGGUAUGGAUCCAAAAAUGGUCGGUACUCAAGGAGCAAAAUUCUCUCCAUUUUUUCACAGGGAUGCCAUCUCAAAGUGUAUCUUUGACAUGGCAAGAAAGGCCAAGUACUUGUACCGGGUGAGAGACUGGCUACUUCUGGCUCUUGUCGCCGAAAAGCUAAGACUUCACGACGCUAUGCAAUUAGUCCUCGACAACUUAUGCCUUUUCUGCAAAGCUUAUAAGAGGGAGUUGCCCGAGGAAGCAAGGGAUUGCAUCAAGGAUAGGGACUGGGCCAGGUUACAGGACCUCAGACUAACUGAUAAGGCCUUGCUGGAAAAGCGUGAGUUUUAUGUCGAGGUAAUUUUCGAGGGGCUACGUCUUCUUUCCCACCAACUCCUCUAUUUUGAUGGAGGCAUUCUUCUCAACGAAAAGAUCUUCAAAACCUAUCAAGACUAUAAAGUUGCGGCAUGUUCGUACUGUCGAUCGCUUUCGUCUGACGAGUUUCAUCGGGAACUCAUUUCAGCGCAUCUAUGGCCGCUGUGCGCUGACGCUUACAAAGAGCGCGUCAUCGAUCUCCUUUACGUAAUCAGGGACAUGGAAGAAAGGACUCUUGUUGGAAGGCACUGCAACCAGUUAACCCAUCUUUACGAUCACCUACGACGGAUGUGUACCGAACAGGAGCGUUAG